AUGAAGAAAUCAUCACAAAUUUCUAUUUAUCUUUUCAUCCUUUUACUACUUAUACCAUCCAAAUCACAGGGAGAUCCCAGAUCCCACAUCAUUAACUUAGCUUGUUACCACCAGCUCAUAAACAAUCAAACCAUAUCCAUUCCCAACUUUCUCGAUACCAUGACGAAAGUCGGCACCCAGCUACGGAGUUCACACAGCGGAACAUCGGUUACGGGCACUUCACCCGACAGCAUCUACGGACUUGCCGAAUGCUACGGCGAUCUUUCUGCAGAAGACUGUGUCUUAUGCUAUGCGGAAGCCCGUACUGUUCUUCCCACUUGCUUUCCCGCCAAUGGCGGCCGGAUUUUCCUCGAUGGUUGCUUCAUGCGAAUACAGAAUUACAGUUUUUAUGAGGAGUAUGUAGGAUCAGAUGAUAGAGUUUAUUGUGGGGAUACGAUGAUGGGCGGUGGAUUUCAGGACUCGGUGAGGAAUGCAGUCUCGAAUGCUGUGAUGGAUGCACCAAGAAACAGCGAUUACUUUGCGCAAGAGUUGGCAGUAUCGGGGACGGCAAACGAGUCGGCCUUCGUGCUGGCGGAUUGCUGGAACACUUUGAAUGAGGAUUCUUGUACCGAAUGUUUGGAAAGAGCGUCUGCGUCGAUCUUACAAUGUUUGCCAUAUUCCGAGGGACGGGCACUCUACACCGGAUGUUUUCUGAGGUAUUCUAACACCAAUUUCCUCAACCCUGAGCCAUCACAGGGCAACAAUGGAGGGAAAACGAUGGCUAUUGUAAUGGCCGUUAGCUCGGUGGUAGCAUUCGUAGUUGUGGGUAUUAUCGCUUUUUGCGCAAAGAAGCACAGAAGUAAAUCUAAAAGAAGACAAGGUUCUGAUGACACAAAUUUGUUGAAUAUCCUGAAUAGCAGUAGCUUGAACUUCAAAUACUCCAUGAUUGAGAAAGCCACGAGUUCUUUCGAUGAGGCCAACAAGCUUGGACAAGGGGGUUUUGGAACAGUAUACAAGGGAGUUCUUCCAAACGGAGUAGAGAUUGCUGCCAAGAGACUUUUCGUCAACCACCAACAUAGAGCAGGGGACUUCUACAAUGAAGUCAACAUUAUUAGUAGUGUUGAACACAAAAAUCUGGUGAAACUGGUAGGAUUCAGUUGUUUGGGACCUGAAAGUGUUCUCAUUUACGAAUAUCUACCAAACCGGAGUCUCGAUCAUUUCAUCUUCGAUGCAGUUAGGGGUAAGGAACUAAACUGGGCAAAAAGAUUUGAUAUUAUUGUUGGGACAGCAGAAGGUUUGGCCUACCUUCAUGAAAACAGUAAAACAAGAAUCAUUCACAGGGACAUAAAAGCUGCUAAUAUCUUGUUGGAUUCGAAGCUUCGUGCCAAGAUUGCUGAUUUCGGGUUAGCCAGGUCUUUUCAACAAGAUAAGAACCAUAUCAGCACCGGGAUUGCUGGAACACUUGGAUAUAUGGCUCCAGAAUAUAUAAGUCAUGGUCAUCUAACUGAAAAGGCAGAUGUAUAUAGUUUUGGUGUGCUUUUGCUUGAGGUGGUUACUGGAAUGCAAAACAGAGGAACACAAACAGCUGAGUACACUCAUAACUUGGUAUCAAUUGUGUGGAAGCAUUUUAAGGAAGGGACAGUGGAGGAGGUUUUUGAUCCAAACAUGAUGUUGAGUGAUGAUAAUGUGAAGAAGGAAGUAGAAAAGGUGGUACAAAUUGGACUGCUUUGCACCCAAGAAGUUCCAUCACUUAGACCAACCAUGUCUAUGGCCCUGCAAAUGUUAUCCAAGAAUAUUCAUCCCCUUCCUUUUCCUUCAAAUCCUGCAUUUUUACCCGAAAGCCCGAAUGAUUUUGGUUCAGUUCAAGCUUCCAGACGUAAGAUAAGCAUUCCGGCUUCAGUUCCUACGGUUUCCCUCACUUCUCUUGGUCCAAGGUAGCUACUGUAUAAAAC